AUGGCGACAAAGUCAACCCGAAGCAGUGAUAAUAUAUGGUUAAUAGGACAUGCCAAUGAAAUUAUAUCUGGUGCCCGUCUACCUUCAGGUCGUGAUGUGAUGCGCAAUUUUGUGUUUUACCAUCGGUCUCAAAAGCUUACAAUUCGGGAUAGUGCCGAACUGGUGCAUAAUCAGCUAGUGCCCUUCUGGAUAAAGUCUAGACUUCCCAUCAGGCAAAAAUAUCAUAUUAUUAAAAAAAUAAAGGAAUUUUAUGAAGAACACGUCCGUCUAAUGAAGCAUAAAACAAGAAAUAACCCGACCGACCAAAAAAACCAGCAAAAAUUCAUUGAUAAGUUGGAAAAACUGUUCGACAUUAGUCACGCCAACAGUCAACAGCUGAUUAAAAAUGAAGGGGACCGACAGUUUUUAAAGUUGCAGCAAGAGUCCAGAACUGGUUCUAUCGGGCCUGUGGACAAGAAACUUGCUAAACAGGAGAUACGGUCUGCUCUGCGUAAAGAGCGAUUUAAUCAACGCCUAACCGCUCUUGUAAGUCACCAACAAUCUCAAUCAGCUUCAACGUCAAAAGCAAACAUGUCUAAAGAUAAUGGAGAAGAUAAUGUUUCUGAGAUUUCAAACUCUUCGGCCAUGGAUGGCAAAAAUAGCAUUGAAAAUAAAUCCGAAGUUGAAUUUGUUGCUUCGGCAUGCAAAACCACUAAAACCAGUAAACCCGUUGAACGGAAACGUAUUAUAUCUUCAAAAGUUUCAGCUGUGCUGGACCGGACUAAUACCAGUAUCAGAAAGUCUACAAUGAUUUUGGCGUCUGUAAUUAAUGAGGCAGGAUGUUCUACUUCUUCUGCAGUUCUUUCAAAGAGUACCGUCCACCGACGACAGAAACGUCGUCGUGAAGCUGCACAGAUAAUUAAAGACAAUUAUCAGGCCACCAAAUCAGUUGUUCACUGGGAUGGUAAACUGUUAGCAGAUGUGACUGGCGAUGAUAAAGUAGAACGUCUACCUGUUCUAGUUUCCUCUUUAGUUGAAAGUACAACUAAACUUCUUGGUGUUCCGAAGUUAACAUCUGGUUCUGGCCAAGCAGCAGCUGAGGCAGUACAUGAACUGUUGCAGUCUUGGAACUGCGAUUCUGUGGUCUUCGGUAUGUGCUUCGACACGACUGCUUCGAACACAGGAAGAUUGAAUGGAGCCUGUACAAUUCUAGAGCACCUCAUUGGGAGAAAUUUGCUGAGGAUGGCUUGCCGACACCACAUGUUCGAAGUGCUUCUUUCAGAUGCCUUUAACGUGUGUUUUGGUCCGUCUACUGGUCCAGAUAUUAUUUUUUUAAAGAGAUUUCGGGACAGUUGGUCUAAGCUCAACCAUGACUAUAAUCGACAAGAAACUCCUUUAAUAUCUACGUCAGAGCUUCAGAAAAAAUUUAUAUCUAAAAAAUUAAAAGAGAACCAUCCUCGAGACGACUACAAGGAGCUUCUUACCCUUGCAGGUUUAUUGAUUGGACUGAAUAUCGCAUCUACUUCAAUUCUGAAGCCAGGUGCACUUCAUAGAGCUCGCUGGAUGGCAAAGGCAAUUUAUUGUAUGAAAAUCGAACUACUGCUAGAUCUUGAAGAAAACCAAACUGCAUUUCGCGUGACAGCUUAUGAACUCCAAGGACUUAAACGAUUUAACCGAUUUGUUGUCUGCGUUUACAUUGAGUCUUGGUUUACAAGUACAUCUGCAGCUGACGCACCCAGGAACGAUAUUAUGUUGAUUCAAAGACUCCAAAAUUAUAGCGAUGAAAAAUUAAGAACUGUUGGUCUCAAAAUGAUGCAGCGCCAUUCUUGGUACCUAAUCCCAGAGCUAGCAACGCUUGUUCUUUUCUCUGAACAUAUGUCUCCUGAAGACAAAUCACACAUUGUGCAACAUAAUCUCCAAUCAGAACGAGGCUCGCACUUGCUAAAGUCACUUCCACAUACAGUUCGCGAUAUAAAAAUUUCUCGCAGCUUUUUUCAAGUUCUUGGUAUAGAAGACAGUUUUCUUAGUGCACCCGUUGAAACUUGGCCCAAAACUCUGACAUUCAAGAAAGCUGCAGAUUUAGUUAAAAACCUGCCUUGUGUGAACGACUGCGCUGAUUCAGACAUUCAAUGA